AUGUUUUCAAAUAAUUUCCUUCAAGAAACACCAUUUUCAGUUGAUAGUAUUAACGUUCCUCGUCUUUGUACUACUACUACGACUACUCGAUCAUUGUUGUCAACUUUAUCGAAUAACAAGAACAACAAAAAUAUCCUCUCCCUCUUCUCUUCCUACUACCCAUCAUCUCCAUCUUCAUCUUCAUCUUCUCCACUACCAUCAUCAUCAUCAUCAUCAUCAUCAUUGAGCUAUAGUACUGUUGGACAAUCGUACAACAUACUUACAACUAUGACAUUGACGAGAAUGUUUGGAGGCAAAAAUCAUUCCUCUUCGUCUUCACGUUCACUUGAUGAUGUUCCAAUCAACCCAAAAACUCAAAGAGAGUUGGUCAUGUUUUUAAUGCAGAGAAGAAGAAUGUUGGCAAAAAAUAGAAUAGCAGAUGUAAUGAUUCAAGUUGAUAGAAUACAUUUUUUACCAAAAUCAUGUAGUGAUAUUUAUUAUGACAGUCCACAACCAAUUGGUAACCAAGCAACUAUAUCUGCACCACACAUGCAUGCUAUCAUGUUGGAUCUAUUGGACGACUAUUUGGUCGAAGGUGCAAAUGCUUUGGACAUUGGGUCGGGCUCUGGAUACAUUUCGGCGUGUAUGUCGAGACUAGUUGGAAAACGAGGUCACGUGGUCGGUGUAGACCACAUACAAGAACUGACAGAUCAAUCACUGGCCAAUCUCAAAUCGUUUGACAGUGGAAUCUUUCAAAACCUAGAGAUUCAUUGUGCCGACGGAUACAAGGGUUGGAAAGAAGGUGCUCCAUACGAUGCCAUCCAUGUUGGUGCUGCCUCUGAAGAGAUACCAACCGAACUACUCGACCAACUCAAACCAGGUGGUAGAAUGGUCAUUCCAGUAGGUCCAAACGAAUCGUUCCACCAGCUAUUGGUCAUCGACAAACAAGACGAUGGUAAAAUAAAGGUUAAGUCUUGUGGUGAUGUUCGAUUCGUGCCACUGACCACCAAAGAGAGACAACUCAAUCCCAACAGUCCCCCAUCACUCACCAAGAUACAUCUAGUCGACGAUGCACAAGGAGGAGCAGCCCAAAAGAUCAUCGUCCGUGCCCACAUGGUCCCCGCACCAGAUUCACCUCAUUUCAAACAAUACGAAGAACAACUAAACAAAAGACAACAAAUAUUACAACAACAAAAGGAAAAGUUUCCCAUUGAACGUUCUGAUAAAAAGAAAUAA